ACAGAACCAGGAAGCCCAGCUAAGGAAGUCUGUUCUGCUGUUGAGUUGUUGUUUGUGUGUCUGUAUUGCUGUAGACAGUGAAAUGGCUGAAGCCAGUGUUUUUUCAGUGGAGCAGUUCAGCUGUCCAGUGUGUCUGGAUCUCCUGAAGGAUCCUGUGGCCAUUCCCUGUGGACACAGUUACUGUAUGAGCUGCAUUACAGACUGCUGGGAUCAAGAGGAUCAGAAGAGAGUCUACAGCUGCCCUCAGUGCAGACAGACCUUCAGUCCAAGACCUGCUUUAGGAAAAAACACCAUUCUGGCUGAAGUGGUGGAGAAACUGAAGAAGACCAAACUAAAAGCUGCUGUUCCUGCUGGACCUGGAGACGUGGAGUGUGACAUCUGUACUGGAAGAAAACACAAAGCUGUCAAGUCCUGUCUGGCGUGUCUGGAGUCUUACUGUCAAACUCACUUUGAGCGUCAUGAAGAGUUUCACUCAGGAAAGAGACACAAAGUGAUUGAUGCCACUGGACGACUGCAGCAGAUGAUCUGCCAUCAACAUGAUAUGCCUCUGUUGGUUUUCUGUCGUACUGACCAGCAAUGUGUUUGCAUGCUGUGUGCAAUGGAUGAACAUAAAAACCACGAGACUGUAUCAACUGCAGCAGAGAGAAAAGAGAAAGAAAAACACUUGAAGGAGACACAGAGUGAAAUCCAGCAGAGAAUCCAGCAGAGACAGAAAGAUCUUGAGCAGCUGAGAGAGGCUGUGGAGUCUCAUAAGCGCUCUGCACAGACAGCAGUGGAGGACAGUGAGAGGAUCUUUACUGAGCUCAUCCGCUCCAUUGAGAGAAGUCGCUCUGAGGUGACACAGCGGAUCAGAGAUCAGGAGAAGACUGCAGUGAGUCGAGCUGAAGGACAAAUGGAGCGACUGGAGCAGGAGAUUGAAGAUCUGAAGAAGAGAAACACUGAGCUGGAGCAGCUUUCACACACAGAUGAUCACAUCCAAUUCCUGCAGAGUCUUCAGUCUCUCUCAGCUCCUCCUGAAUCUACAGAAAACAUAUCUGUCAGUUUCCUCUUUUCUUUUGAUGGUGUGAGAGAAUCUGUCUGUCAGCUGAGACACAAACUGGAAGAUUUCUGCAAAGAGGAGAUGAAAAAGAUAUCUGAAACUCACAGUAACAUUGUUCCCAGGACCAGAGAGGACUUCCUAAAAUAUUUCCAUCAGUUCAUGCUGGAUCCAAACACUGCACAUAAACUCCUCGUAUUUUCUGAUUGGAAGCAAGAGGUGACUUUCAACAACAACCGUAUCCAGACGUUUCCUGAUCAUCCAGACAGAUUUGAUGUUUAUCCUCAGGUGUUAUGUAGAGAGAGUGUGAGUGGACGCUGUUACUGGGAGCUUGAGUGGAGUGGGAGUGAUGUGAAUAUAUCAGUGUCAUAUAAGAGCAUCAGCAGGAAGGGAUCUGGUUAUGAGUGUUUUUUUGGAUAUAAUGAUCAGUCCUGGAGUUUAUCCUGCUCUCCCUUCAAUUUCUCAUUCUGGCACGAUAACAAAAGGACUGAACUCCCUGUUCCCUCCAGCUGCGAGAGAAUAGGAGUGUAUGUGGAUCACAGAGCAGGAACUCUGUCCUUCUACAGCGUCUCUGACACAAUGAACCUCAUCCACACAGUCCAGACCACAUUCACUGACCCGCUCUAUCCUGGGUUUUAUGUUUGGGGAACAGUGAAUCUCGGUAAAUUAGCAAUCAUAGAUGAUUCUGAAAUGUACCACCAAUAAUGAGCUGUAUGAUAAAUCAGCAACCAUGAGAUGUUAUAGUAUCACAAGAAAAAUAAUUUUUUGGAAAAGGAUUUGAAAGAGAGUGACAGUUUGUUAUAUAUUGUUUUUUCAUAAACAAAAACAGAUCAGUCUUUAAUCUUUGAUACAUAUCUGCAGUGAAGAUAAUAUUCACAGCAAUAUUUACAUCACUAUAAUACACUGACAUGAGAAAACUCUUCAACUCUAUUUAAAGUGUAAAGUAAAUGUGUUCAGAUACUAAACACAUACAUUCACACACUCAUUCCUGUAUGUGGUUUACGGGGACUCUCCAUUGGCGUAAUGGUUUUUUUACCUUACAAAUUGUAUUUUACGGUGGCCCAGAAAUGCAAAACAAGUCACAAUCCUGAAAACAAAUUUGCAAAUUACAAAUGCAAAUAAAAAUAAUAAUAAUAAUAAUAAUAAAAAUAAAAAAAAUCAGGAAACACAACAACAAUUCCAAAAACAUUAUAACAAGUCAGAAAACACAACAACAAUUCAGACAAACCGGAAGAGGUAGGUAUAGUUUGAGACCGCGUGAGAAUAGAUUACUCACCGCUGACCGGACGAGACAUCUGUCAAUCAAGGUGUACAGGAAGAAGAGCAGAGUAGUGGUAGAAAGUUUGGAGAUGGUCUUAAAGUAACACAAUUUAAAUGCAUUGUAUGAAUUUUUUUAUGCCCUUACUAUGGAAUAAAAAAAAAUGCAUGUACGUUUACAACACUGUACUUAUAUUACCUUUGAAUUAGAUUACAAAAAAUCAGAGUCUGCUUAAAAUGGGUGGUCUCUGGGGUACGAUUCAUGUGAACUUUUCGGACUUGUUUUGUUUUCGGAUUUGUCAUUGUGUUUUCUGAUUUGUUAUAAAGUUUUCGGAAUUGUUGAUAUGUUUUCUGAAUUGUUAUUUUGUUUUUUAGAUUUGCAUUUGUAAUUUGUUAUUUUGUUUUCAGAAUUGGGAUUUGUUUUGCAAUUCUCGCCCACCGUAGUACAUGCUAUCCCCUUGCCCAAGCCCUACCCCUCAAACAAAACUACAGGCAUUUUUUUGCAUGUCAAAAACACUGCCUAUGUUUUUCUAAGGACACAGUAAUUAUCCUCAUAAUCCAUGCUUAUGUUGUGUUACCCGUGUCAGUAUACACAUUUGUGUCCUCAUAAACCAUGUAUUCAAGCUGUUAUGUCCAUAUUUUGAAUGCUUUGUGUACGAGGGGGGCUGCUUUUCUCUGUGUAUUCUGUAUUCUUCUAUAUGCUAACUUCUCUAUAAUGUACCUGAGACUUAAGAUCAAUCUGAGCUGUGUAUCAGCUAAACUUUUGAGUACAUCAGAUGUUCUAUUAUAGGGCUGGGUGAUAUGGCCUAAAAUCAAAGCCUUGAUUAAUUGAACACUUUACCUCAAUUAUGAUUAAUGAUUAUUUUGUUUAUUUUUAUUUUUUGCCCUCAUAGUUCAUUAAAGGUUGUUAUAGUUCAGUAUUGUAAAAUGGAUGGGUGAGCGAACUGAAACUAUUAAACUGUCAUUGUGUAUGUUACAUGUAAUAUAAAAAUGUAUUCCUUUACACAAACAUAUUGUAAUAAACUUUUCCCCUACUGUGAAACCA